AAGGUGAGAUUUUUAUUCGGCAAACACAAUCACCAUCGUUACUUGGAACUGAGUGGGUCGUUCGAUUUCAGCUAAAUGUGAAACAUUUUGAGUUCAACAAUGGAAGGACUUCGAGAAUCUGAACACCUUUUCGUCAAUAAGGACCUCGUCGUGCGUCUCUCUUCUCUUUUCAUCUAAUAUACUUCCUCAUCUGAUAAUACAUCAGAGAUUACUAAUGCCAAAAGAAAAGUUGAAAGCCUCUUCUGUGUCAUGAGAAAGAGAAUUUGUAGGCACAAGUCUGAGGAUGAUGAUGAUGAUAUGUUUCCGGAUUUAGAUAAUAAUGCACAGGUAGUUGAUGAGAAUAUUCGAAAUUGUCUUAGACCCGAAAGUGACUUCUGGUUUGAGAAUCUUAUGGAUAAUUCUUAUGAUCCAUUGGAUGAGGUUUCGUUUGUAGACGACUGCUGCGGUGGCAGUGACACAGACCUAUCUGAAUCUUCAGAAUUUGAUGUUAUAUCUGAACAUGUUCUAGAUGAAAAUGAUUUGUUAAACGGAUGGAAAUUUCUGUCUGUAUGGGCCAAUGAAGAUGAGGGAACUCUGGUUAGUAGGUGGUCUUCAGAAACUUUGAAUUCUAUCUUGUUGUUAUCUCCUGAUGAGAGUAGUGCAAGGUCCAAAGAAGAUGACGUGUUGUCAUCUGUUUCUCCCUGGUUUUACUCUAACCAUAGCAAUGACAUCUCUCUCUUCCAUUCUGAAAGGAAAGAAGAUCAAAUGUUCUGUAGCCCUGGGAAUUCUGAAGAUAUUUUGAGGUGUAGUGUCAGCAAAGAAGAUCCAGAAAUCCCAUGCAACUCUGGUAUCCUCGAGAAUGAUGUCGACAAUUCAUAUGCUAAUGAUUUUAGUUGUGGAGAUGUCAUCAACAAGCAGGGGUCUAUGGAGAUAAUGUGCAUUGAUGAUGAGCAUAGACUGUGGAAUAAGGAUGAUGAACCGGUACCGAUCUGCAUUGUACCUCCUGAUGGUUGGGAAAGCAUGUCGCCAAAAAUGUGUUUACUUCAUCAGACCGACAGAUGUAUAAAUGAAUACAACGUUCAUGAUGGUAAUAUAGGUGAAAUCUCUCCAAUACCUUUAACAAAAACUCUUGAAAGACCUAGUAGGCCAUGGUCAGUUUGUGGCUCUGUUGCUGCAGUCAGAAACUCACCUCUAAUGGAAGAUAGCUCAGGUGCUUGUAGUUCUUUGGAUGAAAAAUUAUAUGAAAAUGUUAAUAGCUCUGAGGACAGGGAUGAAGAUCUUGCUCAAACCACCCCAUCAACUCUAUAUCAAGACGAAGUAAAUAGUGGAGAUGAGAUUGACAUUGAUGCAAUGAUCCGCAAAUUGAAUCUCGUCCCAGAUGAUUCAGUUUCAAGCUUCAACAGGGAAGAAUGGAACAUGUCCAAGCACCCAAAACAUGCAUUAGCUGGAUUGGAACUCCGCACAAGGACUUCAUUGCAAAGAGCAGUUAUGUUUCAUGGGGCAAUUGCUGUCCUGCAUUGUCGUGAUUCAAAGCAUUUUGUCAGAAAACGCGAGGUAAUUAUUGGGAGAUCAUUUGAUGGCCUGAAUGUUGACAUUGACUUGGGUAAAUAUAAAUGUGGGAGCAAGAUAUCUAGGCGUCAGGCAUUGGUUAAGCUAGAGAGCUACGGAUUAUUCUCUCUAAAGAACCUUGGAAAGCAACAUCUCCUUGUAAAUGGAGAAAAACUCGAUCCAGGACAGAUUGUAACUCUCAACUCGUGUAGUUCAAUCAAUAUCAGAGGAAUAACUUUUAUGUUCAAGGUUAACGAAGAAGCAGUGAGACAAUUCGUGAAGAACAGUUCAAGGAGAAAGAGUGAGGACGACAAAUUCAGAUGGUGCGAAUAAAUUUUCUUAAUACCUUCUGCUCUACCACUCUCAGCAUAAUCUUAAUGACCCAUCAGCAUGAUUUAUGUCUCACCUGGUUUAGGAUUAGGAGUUUAGAUACCUAAUGCCAAUGAAUGAGUGAUCUCAUCGUAUCAGUGUUAAUGCCUUGAAGAAUAAACUAUGUAUAGAGUUUCCUAAGUAAGAACUUCAAACUAUAAUUUCACAAGUUAAAACUCAAACUAUAAUUUCCCUAA